AUGGUUUUGCAGAACAAGCUGAGGGAGCAACGGGAAGGAAAACGCACCCGGUUGGACAGCAGACACGAAUAUAUUUUUGAUAUCGUGGCAACAUGUGUCCACCUCACCAGGUCCCACAUUGAAGAUGCUAUGUUGGAAGGGACUCAACUGGAACAAAUCGAUAAUUUUUUCAGUGCGGACGGCAAGCUAAGUCUUCUGUUUUUCUACCAGGAGGUCGAUCACCCAGAGCCAGAGCCUUGUGGACCGAGUGGAUCAAGGUCACAGCCUCUUAAAUCACCCAAGCUGUUCCUCACUGAUGGGAGACAGGCUGCUCUGAGUGGAAUAUGUGUCACCUUCCUUCGAAAUAACGCUGUCAAACCUGUCACAUAUGAAAACAUACACAGGGAAGUAAGUUUCAGCGUAUUGGAUGCUGGAGGCGUUGGGCUGUUGAAGUCUGUGGAGCAGCUGUUGAGCGAUGCCUUUGUCCCAGUCCUGGGGAGUAUGGACCAGGGCUGGGGAGAACUGAACAGAGCCAAGGCCACAUCGGUUAGACAGGGAUUCCUCAAUUCUCUGGACGUGUUUGUCAGCACUCUCUCUGGAGCGCAGCAGAAUCUGUCCAGCCAAGUACGGUUGGAAGAAUGCGUUGCAGAGGAGUUAAAGGCAUUGAAAGGGCCAUCAGAUUAUCUGCAUGCAGCUUCUUCAGAACUAUUGAAGCAGGCAGAAGAGAGCCUGAGUAUAUGGAUUAGGCAAAUCGAACAGGUGCUGACUGAAAGCGAGCAGAUCCGAAAGGAAACUGAUGAUGUGGGGCCACGAGCAGAGCUGGACCACUGGAGGCACCGUCUGAGCAGGUUCAACUACCUGACGAGGGAGAUCAAACGGCCGGAUGUUAAAAUAGUUCUGGGAAUCAUCACAGCCGCAAAGUCAAAGUUGCUGAAGACCUGGCAGGAAUUGGAUAAACAGAUCACAGAUGCAACUAAUGAAGCCAAGGACAACAUGAAAUAUCUCUACACACUGGAACGAUUUUGGGACCCUCUCUAUAGUAGUAGUCCUGCUGAGAUAGUGGGUGCUAUUCCAGGACUCCUUAAUGCCAUCCGGAUGAUCCAUACAAUCUCUAGGUAUUACGGAACGUCUGAAAAGAUGGCAUCCUUGUUCAUAAAGAUCACAAACCAGAUGAUAACAGCGUGUAAGACGUACAUUACCAAUAGUGGGACUAUUACGAUCUGGGAUGUGCCUCUGGAGACCAUGGUUAGCAAGCUAACCGCCUGUAUCAGACUUAAUCAGGAGUACCAACAUUGCUAUAACGUGACCAAGCAAAAGAUGAGGGAGAAUCCUAGGGAGCAGCCUUUUGAUUUCAGUGAGAUGUACGCCUUUGGGAAGUUUGAUGCAUUUGAGAGACGUCUUGGGAAGAUCACUGGGAUGCUUGAGACGAUCAAUACAUAUUCCAGUUUACAGGAGACCACGAUCGAAGGGUUUGAGCAGAUGGCAAACAAAUUUCAGGGAAUUGUAUCCAGUGUGAAAAAGCACGAUUACGAAAUAUUGGACCACAGAAAGGCUGAUUUUGACGUCGAUCACAACCACUUCACCAAACAGAUCAGUGACUUGCAUGGUGAAAUCAGGCAGUUCAUGGACACCACCUUCGGGAGAAUCUCAAGCACUCAGAAAGCCUUGUCGCUUGUGAUGAAAUUUGAGAAGCUUGGGAUCCCCGAUCUGAGAGUCGACCUGCAGCUUCGAAAGAUUCUCCUGGACUACGGUAACAAUAUUGACUGCGUGUCCGAAACUUACACACAGCAGAAGGCAGACCCUCCUCUCCCACGGGACUUCCCUCCUGUGGCUGGGAAAAUUAUCUGGGCUUGGCAGCUCUUCAGACGAAUCCGAGACCCCAUGGAGCUGUUUGAACAGAGGCCCGAAGUCCUACAGUCUGAAGAUGCAAAGAAGAUCAUUCGUAACUACAACAGAGUGGGCAGAGUCUUGCUGGAGUAUGAGGUGCUUUAUCACCGAGCUUGGAUGCAGCAGAUAGGAACUGCUCAACUAGGUCUACAAGCAACUUUGCUGGUGAAGCACCCAGAGACUGGAGAGAUGCUUGUGAACUUUGAUCCUUAUCUCACCGUCUUGAUCAGGGAGACUGAGUGCAUGGCUCGAAUGGGCUUGGAGGUCCCUCAGUUUGCCAGGGCACUUCUGCAAAAGCGGGAUGAGCUGAAAAGAAUGUACAAUAAACUGCAGCUGCUGUUGGAGGAGUAUGGCAAAGUGCGUGCCAGAUUCCAACCUGUCUAUGAGACACUUAUUGGGCCACAUGUUCACAAAGUUGAAGAGGCCUUUCAGCCUGGUCUUACAAUCCUGAACUGGACAUCACUAAACAGCAACAAGUUUCUGGAUGAGGUUUAUGCAAAAUUAGGAGAACUUGAUUUGCUGGUCCACAGAAUCAAUGACCUGAUUGAAUAUCGUAUAGAUCAUAUCCUGCUGGAUAUGAGCACCACAACACUUUGUGAAUUUCCCGGGGACACUCCAUGGACAUGUGAAAAGUUUUUAAACCAUACUCAGGACCUGUGUGCUGAAGGGACUCGGUCACUGCAGUUUAAGAGUAUGCUGGUGGAACUGGCAACCAACGAACUCAUUAACAUGCUAUUGAAUGUGGAUUCAGAUACUGAAAACAGUAAACUGGAAGACAUCAAGGAAACUAAAGUACCUGCAGUGGUGCAAUUGCCCAACACUGGUUCACAAUCAGCAAGAAAGGGAAUAAAGGACUACAUGUUUCUGCAGCAAGAGGCAAAGGACCUGCUUAAUCAAUUCAGCCUCAGAAACGAAGAAGCACUGAUUAAGGUGAUACGCAAUACCCUUGAAGCACUGAGAAAACGUAUGCAGAUGUCAACCGUGGUCUCUUACCAAGAAUCUGAUGUUGACUGUCAGAAGCAGGGCUUUGAGGUGGUCCUGUGUGCUGACAUUUCCCUCGCCAUUCCUGACAUUGCAUUGCGGCCCACACUGGAGGAAAUUCAGCUCACGUUGAACCGCGUCUCCGAUUCCAUCGUCAGUGUUUCCAAAGGAGUGACUGUGUGGAGCAAAAAAAGAAAGACGACCAAGGAAAUCAGUGACUACAGAUUGGCCGAGUUGCAAAGUAUUGGGACAUAUUGCGACCAUCUCAAAGAUGGAUUUGAGGAUCAUGGUGAAGGCCGCCACAAAGACGGGGAGGAUAAUAUUGGCAAAGUGACAGCUGACCUCCUCGUGCAGACUAACAAUUACUACAAGAUCAUUUCAGAAAACAAGGAGAUUAUCAAACUGCUGUCGCUGAUUUCGUCGUCGGUUAAUUUUUUUAGAAAGGGAUUGGGUCACAUUCUAGAAUAUUUCAGCCGCUACAACCACAUCUGGAAGGAAGAUCGUGAGAGAACUCUUGCGGAAUUCAUAAAAGAUCACCAUUUGCUGUCGGAAUUUGAGUUUCAAAUCGAGUUCUAUUACAAUCUGCAGGCCCAGAUUCAAGCUGAACCCAAGACCCUAUUUGUGGGGGCUCUUGCCCUGUAUCCAGAUGAUCUGAAGUCCGCCUUAAUUGAAGAGACCAAAACCUGGAUGAUUGGAUAUGCCCGACAUUGCAACGAAAAGUACAAAAGCGAUAUGGAGAACGUUUUGACCUUUAUAGAAGAGACGUCCAAGAAAUUAAACCAUCCAGUCAAUGACAUGGAUGAUAUUAGAAUAAUCAUGGGUUCCUUGAAAGACAUCCGGGAAAAGCAGAUCACCAUUGACUUAAAGAUUGGGCCUGUUGAGGAAUUGUACAACUUGCUGAAUAAAUACGAGCUGCAGGUGGUCAAGGAAGACAGUGAGAGCGUGGACACACUGCGCUACACGUGGGAAAGGCUACUUCACCGUGCAAUCGAAGUGCAGAACCAUCUCAUUGCCUUGCAGCCCUCAUUCCACACUGAGCUGAUUGCCAAUAUCAAAAAGUUUUCAGACGAGUGCGGCACGUUUUAUCAGGAGUACGAGAAGGGAGGACCAAUGCAGCCUAGACUGUCUCCACAAGAGGCAAAUGACCAAUUGGUUAUUUAUCAGAAUCGUUUUGAAAACCUCUAUCGCAAAUUCGUCAUGUACACCAAUGGCGAGGAGCUAUUCGGGCUGCCUAUGACACAGUGUCCUCAGCUACUGGAAAUCAAGAAGGAGCUGAACCUUUUACAGAAGCUCUACGGGCUGUACAAUAACGUGAUCGACACCGUGAAUAGCUACCAUGAUGUUCUGUGGUCGGAGGUGGACAUAGAGAAGAUAAACGACGAGCUUCUAGAUUUUCAAAACCGAUGCCGUAAGUUGCCCAGGGGGUUGAAGGAGUGGCCAGCGUACCUUGAUUUAAAAAAGACGAUCGAUGACUUCAGCGAAAGCUGUCCCUUGUUAGAGAUGAUGUCCAACAAAGCCAUGGUGUCCCGCCACUGGCAACGCAUUGCCCUGGUCACAGCUCAGGACUUUGAUGUAGAUAGCGAAACAUUUAAACUUUGCAACAUAAUGGAGGCUCCGCUCUUAAAGUAUAAAGAGGAGAUUGAGGAUAUUUGCAUCAGUGCUGUAAAAGAGAAAGAUAUUGAACAGAAACUAAAGCAGGUAAUAGCGGAGUGGGAUAAUCGAUGCUUCACCUUUGCCAAUUUCAAGACUCGCGGUGAGCUACUUCUGCGUGGUGAUAACACAUCCGAGAUCAUCGCAUUUGCAGAAGAUAGUUUAAUGAUACUUGGUUCUCUUUUGAGCAAUAGAUACAACGUUCCGUUUAAAUCACAUAUUCAGAAAUGGGUUCACAACCUAUCCAUGACCACGGAUAUCAUUGAGAGUUGGAUGACUGUGCAGAACCUGUGGAUAUACCUGGAAGCAGUGUUUGUAGGGGGAGAUAUUGCUAAGCAGCUUCCAAAGGAAGCGAAGAGAUUUUCCAACAUAGAUAAAUCGUGGAUGAAGAUAAUGAGCCGCGCCCAUGAAAUUCCUAACGUGGUUCAGUGCUGUAUGGGAGACGAGGCAAUGAUCCAGCUGUUACCCCACCUUCUGGAGCAACUUGAAAUCUGCCAGAAAUCAUUAACUGGCUACUUAGAAAAGAAGCGCUUGCUGUUUCCACGGUUCUUCUUUGUCUCUGACCCUGCCCUCCUGGAGAUCCUGGGCCAAGCCUCCGACUCCCACACGAUCCAGGCUCAUUUACUUAACGUAUUUGACAACAUCAAAUCAGUCCAGUUCCAUGAGAAAAUCUAUGACCGCAUAUUGGCAAUAAGCUCCAAAGAAGGAGAAACUAUUGAACUGGAUAAACCGGUCAUUACUGAGGGCAAUGUGGAAGUGUGGCUGAAUUCUCUGCUUAAGGAGUCCCAUGCUUCACUGCUUAGUAUUAUUCGGAAUGCUGCCUGCGUAAUACAAGAGGAGCACUUCAGACUCAUCGAGUUCCUGAACUCCUUCUGUGCUCAGGUUGGCAUUCUUGGAAUACAGAUUAUUUGGACCAGAGAUGCAGAGGAUGCCUUGAGAAAUGCAAAAGUAGAUUGUAAAAUUAUGCCAACAACCAACCAAUAUUUUCUGGAGAUGCUGAACUCUCUGAUUGACAUGACAACCAAAGACCUAGGUUUUUAUGAGCGCGUGAAGUAUGAGACGCUAAUCACCAUCCACGUCCAUCAAAGAGAUAUCUUUGAUGAAUUGUGCCGAACCCAAGUGAAGUCUCCUACUGACUUUGAAUGGCUGAAGCAAUGUAGGUUCUACUUCAGUGAAGAUGCUGAUAAAAUGAGGAUCUCCAUUACUGACGUGGAUUUUAGUUAUCAGCAUGAGUACCUGGGGUGCACCGACAGACUAGUCAUCACUCCACUUACUGACAGGUGCUACAUCACCCUGGCCCAAGCCAUUGGUAUGAACAUGGGUGGAGCCCCCACAGGCCCAGCUGGCACUGGCAAAACUGAGACUGUCAAAGACAUGGGCAAGUGCUUGGGCAAGUACGUGGUGGUGUUUAACUGCUCUGAUCAGAUGGACUUUCGAGGCCUUGGCAGAAUCUUCAAAGGCUUGGCACAGUCGGGAUCCUGGGGCUGCUUUGACGAAUUCAACCGGAUAGACCUGCCUGUGCUCUCAGUCGCUGCUCAGCAGAUUGCCAUUAUCCUGACCUGCAAGAAGGAACGCAGGAAACAUUUUAUAUUCACAGACAGAGACUCAGUGGACAUGAACCCAGAGUUUGGCAUCUUCCUCACAAUGAACCCGGGUUAUGCUGGGCGUCAGGAACUUCCAGAAAACCUCAAGAUUAAUUUCCGGUCAGUGGCCAUGAUGGUGCCUGAUCGGCAGAUCAUCAUCCGUGUCAAACUGGCGAGCUGUGGCUUCAUAGACAACAUCACCCUGGCUCGCAAGUUCUUUGUGCUUUAUAAACUGUGUGAGGAGCAGCUUUCCAAACAAGUCCAUUACGAUUUUGGCCUCCGCAAUAUUCUGUCGGUCCUGCGGACUUUGGGAGCUGUGAAGCGAGCCAGCCCCAAUGACACGGAGCCCACCAUCGUCAUGCGAGUCCUUCGAGACAUGAACCUCUCCAAACUGAUCGAUGAGGAUGAGCCAUUGUUUCUGAGCCUGAUUGAGGACUUGUUUCCCGGCAUUCAGUUAGAUAAAGUGGGCUAUCCACAAUUAGAAGCUGCCAUUGAUAAACAGAUUGAGGAUGGAGGGCUGGUAAACCAUGCACCAUGGAAAUUGAAGAUUAUCCAGCUGUUUGAAACGCAGCGUGUCCGACAUGGGAUGAUGACAUUGGGACCGAGCGGGGCUGGGAAGACCACUUGUAUUCACACCCUCAUGAAGGCUAUGAUAGGGUGUGGUGAGCCUCACAGAGAGAUGCGGAUGAACCCUAAAGCAAUUACAGCCCCACAGAUGUUUGGCCGUCUGGAUGUAGCCACCAAUGACUGGACUGACGGGAUAUUCUCAACAUUAUGGAGGAAGACCCUCAGGGCUAAGAAAGGUGAACACAUUUGGCUGGUACUGGAUGGACCUGUUGAUGCUAUUUGGAUAGAAAAUCUUAAUUCUGUUCUCGAUGACAACAAAACACUGACUCUGGCAAACGGAGACCGAAUCCCAAUGGCUUCAAAUUGCAAAAUAGUCUUUGAGCCGCACAACAUUGACAAUGCUUCUCCUGCCACGGUCUCUAGGAAUGGGAUGGUGUACAUGAGUUCCUCUGUGCUUGACUGGAGGCCGAUUCUAGAGAGUUGGUUAAAGAUGCGCUCGCCAGGUGAAGCUGAAAUCUUGAAAGAGUUCUACGGAGCGGUUUUCCCAGAGCUUUACCGCUUUUGCUUUCAGUCUCUGGAACCCAAGAUUGAAAUGCUUGAAGCCUUUGUUAUUAUGCAGAGCAUUAACAUGUUGCAAGGACUCAUUCCACCCAAGGAGCAGGCGGGGGAGAUAAGCCGGCAGAACCUGGAACGCUUGUUUAUCUUCAGCCUGAUGUGGAGUAUUGGUGCCACACUUGAGUUGAAUGACAGACAAAAAAUGGAGCACUGGCUGAGAACUCAUCCCUACAUCAAAUUGGACUUGCCUGACAUUCCUGUACCUAGUGAAAAUCUGAUGUUUGACUACCUUGUAGGACCUGAUGGAAACUGGUUACAUUGGAACACCCAGGUUGAGGAGUAUGUUUAUCCUAUAGACAGUACUCCAGAAUAUGGAUCCAUCCUUGUGCCUAAUGUGGACAAUGUUAGGAUUGACUUUCUCAUUCAUAAUAUUGCCAAACAGGGCAAGUGGGUGCUUUUGAUUGGGGAACAGGGAACUGCUAAGACUGUCAUUAUAAAACGUUACCUGUCUAAAUACAACACAGAGACUCACCUGCCAAAAAGACUCAAUUUCUCCUCCGCUACCACACCUUUGAUGUUCCAGAGAACGAUAGAAAGCUAUGUGGACAAAAGAAUGGGAAAUGUUUAUGGCCCUCAAGCUGGCAAGAAAAUGACUGUGUUUAUAGAUGACAUAAACCUGCCUGUCAUUAAUGAGUGGGGCGAUCAGGUUACCAAUGAGAUUGUGAGACAAUUGAUGGAGCAGGGGGGGUUCUAUAACCUGGAGAAGCCUGGCGAAUUCACACACAUAGUGGACAUUCAACUUGUUGCUGCUAUGAUUCACCCAGGUGGAGGAAGAAAUGACGUUCCUCAACGGCUGAAGAGACAUUUUUGCAUUUUUAAUUGCACAUUGCCUUCCAAUGCCUCCAUUGACAAAAUCUUUGGUGUGAUUGGAACAGGUCAUUUCUGUCUGGAGCGAGGAUUCCCUGAGGAGGUGACGCGUCUGGCAGCUCAGCUUAUUUCCAUUACACGUAAACUUUGGCAAAUAGUCAAAGUCAAGAUGCUUCCAACACCAGCCAAGUUUCACUAUGUCUUUAACUUGCGAGACCUCUCCAGAAUUUGGCAGGGCAUGCUCAAUACUACUGCUGACGUCAUAUGUUACAAAGAGAUACUUCUGAAACUCUGGAGGCACGAAUGUAACCGAGUGGUGGCUGAUCGCUUUACAAACACCGAAGACUGCGAAUGGUUUGAUAAAACAUUAAUCCACAUUGCUGCUGACGAACUUGGGGAAGAAAUCAAAGACGUCCUCAAUACAGAGAGUGAAGACUUCUUUGUAGAUUUUUUGCGUGAUGCACCUGAGGCUACAGGUGAGGAGCCAGAAGAUGCAGAGUAUGACAUGCCUAAAGUUUAUGAGGCUAUAGAAUCAUUUGAGGCAUUGAACGAUAGGCUGAACCUGUUCAUGUCCCUUUACAACGCGUGUGUACGAGGUGGGCAUCUGGACCUAGUCUUCUUUGAGGAUGCAAUGAUUCACUUAGUGAAGAUAUCCCGCAUCAUUAGAACUGUUCGGGGCAGUGCCCUCCUUGUUGGUGUGGGUGGCUCAGGCAAACAGAGCCUCACAAGACUGGCUUCAUUCAUUGCUGGAUACCAGACGUUCCAAGUCACCCUCACCAGGUCAUACAGUGCCACUAACCUGCUGGAGGAUCUGAAGCUGCUGUACAGAAAGGCUGGACAGGAGGGAAAAGGAGUAACCUUCAUUUUUACAGACAAUGAAAUCAAGGACGAGGCAUUUCUGGAAUAUCUGAACAACGUUCUUUCUUCUGGAGAGGUCUCAAAUCUGUUUACUCGGGAUGAAAUGGAUGAAAUUAGCAACGACCUCACUCCCGUAAUGAAGCAGGAGUUUCCACGGCGACCACCGACUAACGAGAACCUGUACGAUUACUUUAUGGGCCGGGUGCGACAGAACCUACACUUGGUGCUUUGCUUUUCACCAGUCGGGGAGAAAUUCCGCAACCAAGCUUUGAAAUUCCCAGCACUUAUUUCCGGCUGCACCAUGGACUGGUUCAGUCGCUGGCCAAAAGAUGCUCUUAUUGCAGUGGCUGAGCACUUCUUGUCUUUGUUUGAGAUUGACUGCACUCUGAAGGUGAAGCAGCAGGUGGUGGAGUGCAUGGGCACCUUUCACGAUGGUGUAGCGGAGAAAUGCAUGUUGUACUUCCAGCGAUACCGGCGUCCAACCCAUGUAACACCAAAGUCCUAUUUAUCCUUCAUUCAGGGCUACAAAGCUGUAUACCAGGAGAAACAGUUAGAGCUACAGACAUUGGCAGAAAGAAUGAAAACUGGUUUGGAAAAGCUGAAGGAGGCGUCUGAAUCUAUUGUCGCUCUCAGCAAAGAACUGGAAAUAAAAGAGAAGGAGCUUAAAAUUGCCAAUGACAAGGCUGAUAUGGUGUUGAAAGAGGUGACUGUGAAGGCUCAGGCUGCGGAGACAGUAAAGAUGGAAGUACAGAAGGUCAAAGACCGAGCUCAGGCGAUUGUGGACAGUAUAUCUACCGAUAAGGCGAUGGCUGAGCAGAAACUGGAAGCUGCCAGACCAGCGUUGGAGGAGGCUGAGGCUGCCUUGCAGACCAUUAAACCGGCUGAUAUCACCCUAGUACGAACGCUUGGCCGACCUCCCCAUCUGAUUAUGAGGAUCAUGGACUGCGUGCUGCUGCUUUUCCAGCGGAAACUGAACCCCGUGAAGGUUGACGUGGAAAGAUUGUGCGUCAUACCAUCGUGGCAGGAGUCAUUGAAGCUUUUGGCGGGUAACCCACUGCAAGCCUUACAGCAAUUUCCCAAGGACACCAUCAAUGAGGAAACGGUGGAAUUGCUCUGUCCGUAUUUUGAAAUGCUAGAUUACAACAUUGAGGUUGCGAGGAGGGUUUGUGGCAAUGUAGCCGGUCUUUGCUCCUGGACUCGAGCCAUGGCCAACUUCUAUGCAAUAAACAAAGAAGUUUUGCCACUUAAGGCAAACCUUGCCGUACAGGAGAGCCGUUUAACCAUUGCCUUGGAGGAGCUGAAGAAAGCACAGAGCGAGCUCGAUGCUAAGCAGGCAGAACUUGAUACUGUGCAGGCAGAGUAUGAACAAGCAACAAGAGAGAAACAGGCAUUGCUGGAGGAUGCUGAGCGCUGCCGACAGAAGAUGCAAAUGGCGUCAAGUCUGAUUGAUGGCUUGUCUGGUGAGAAGGCUCGCUGGACUCAACAAAGCAAAGAGUUUGCUGCUGAGGAAAAGAGGCUUGUAGGUAAUGUUCUGUUGGCUACAGCUUUUCUGUCCUACUCUGGUCCAUUCAACCAGGAAUUCAGGAACCUUUUGUUGAAUAAAUGGCAACAAGAUAUAAUGCUGCAUAACAUUCCAUUCACCACAACUCUGAAUGUCACUGAGAUGCUUAUCGAUGGGCCCACAGUUGGAGAAUGGAACUUGCAGGGUCUGCCUAACGAUGAUCUCUCAAUACAAAAUGGAAUAAUUGUUACAAAGGCCACUCGCUACCCAUUGCUGAUUGAUCCACAGGCUCAAGGCAAGACCUGGAUCAAGAAUAAAGAAGCUAAGAAUGAACUUCAGGUAACUUCACUAAAUCAUAAAUACUUUCGAAAUCACUUGGAGGAUUGCCUUUCUCUGGGGAGGCCACUACUUGUUGAGGACGUUGGAGAAGAACUGGAUCCAGCUCUGGAUAAUGUGCUGGAGAAAAACUUCAUCAAAACUGGGUCCACCCGAAAGGUGAAAAUAGGUGAUAAAGAGGUGGACAUUAUGAGUGGUUUCAGACUUUACGCUACCACGAAACUGGCCAAUCCUGCCUACACUCCAGAGAUUAAUGCUUGCACUUCAAUUAUCGACUUCACCGUCACCAUCCAAGGCUUGGAGGAUCAACUUUUGGGCCGAGCCAUUCUUACGGAGAAGCAGGAGCUGGAGAAAGAGCGGACAAGCCUGAUGGAGGACGUGACUUCAAAUAAAAGGAAGAUGAAAGAACUGGAAGAUAACUUGCUUUACCGUUUAACAAUGACUCAGGGUUCCCUUGUAGACGAUGAAAGUCUGAUCGUCGUACUUCGAAACACCAAGCAGACAGCUGAAGAGGUGACGCAGAAACUAAAGACGGCAGCUGAGACAGAGACACAAAUAAACACUGCGAGAGAAGAGUUCAGGCCAGUUGCUACAAGAGGGAGCACCCUUUAUUUUCUGAUUGUGGAGAUGAGCAUGGUGAAUGUGAUGUACCAGACUUCUCUGUGGCAGUUCCUUGGGAUCUUUGACCUGUCACUUGUAAGAUCCGCUAAGAACCCAUUCACCAGCAAGCGAGUAGCAAACAUUAUUGAAUACAUGACGUAUGAAGUGUACAAGUGCACAACUCGGGGCCUAUAUGAACAGGACAAGUUCCUCUUCAGACUCCUGCUCACGCUGAAGAUUGAUAUGCAAUGCCACAAGGUCAAACAUGAGGAAUUUCUCACCCUCAUUAAAGGGGGUGCCUCUUUGGAUCUCAAGACUUGUCCUCAAAAACCUGCCAAAUGGAUUCUUGACAUGACUUGGUUGAAUCUCGUCGAACUGAGGAAACUUUGUCAGUUCUCUGACAUUCUUACCCAGAUUGCUCAGAAUGAGAAGCAGUGGAAAAACUGGUUUGAUAAAGCUGCUCCAGAAGAGGAGGAGCUUGUGCCUGACGGUUACCAUCAGUCUCUCGACUGCUUUCGCAAACUCCUGCUAGUCCGAUCCUGGUGUCCUGACCGCACGAUUGCACAGGCCCGCAAAUACAUCAUCGAUUCGAGGGGUGAGAGGUACGCAGAAGCUGUCGUUCUGGACCUUGACAAGACUUGGGAGGAAUCUGCACCCAGGACACCUCUGAUCUGUUUCCUUUCCAUGGGCUCAGAUCCAUCAGAGAGCAUCAUUGCUCUUGGAAAAAGACUCAAAAUUGUGACUCGCUCUGUCUCGAUGGGCCAGGGGCAGGAGACUCACAUCCGUAGGUUGCUGCAGCAGACAAUGUGCAAUGGAGGCUGGGCGUUACUGCAGAACUGUCACUUGGGACUAGAUUUCAUGGAUGAACUGAUGGACACAAUCAUUGAGACUGAGAAUAUUUGUGCUUCCUUCCGACUAUGGAUAACAACUGAGGUGCACAAACACUUCCCCAUUACACUACUUCAGAUGUCAAUUAAGUUUACCAACGAGCCACCACAGGGAUUAAAAGCUGGACUGAAACGCACAUACGCAGGUAUUAAUCAAGACCAGCUAGAUGUAAGUAACACACCCCAUUGGAAACCCAUGCUUUAUGCAGUAGCCUUCCUUCAUUCAACCGUGCAAGAAAGGCGCAAGUUUGGACCUCUUGGCUGGAACGUUCCUUACGAGUUUAACCAAGCAGAUUUAAACGCCACAGUUCAAUUUGUGCAAAACCAUCUCGAUGACACAGACUCCAAAAAGGGCACCUCAUGGAACACCAUCCACUACAUGAUUGGAGAGAUUCAGUAUGGCGGUCGUGUCACAGAUGACUAUGAUAAGCGCUUGUUAAACACUUAUGCCCAAGUUUGGUUCAGUGAGAAUAUGUUUGGAUCCGACUUCUGCUUUUACAAGGAUUACAGCAUCCCUAAGUGUGCUGCAGUGGAACAAUAUAUGCAACACAUACAGACCCUGCCAGCAUAUGACACGCCAGAGGUAUUUGGUCUUCACCCAAAUGCUGAUAUCACUUAUCAAAGCAAACUCGCCCAAGAUGUACUUGAUGCAAUUCUCAGCAUUCAGCCAAAGGACAGUUCAGCAGGGGGUGGGGAAACCAGGGAGGCUGUUGUUGCCCAUCUUGCUGAUGACAUGCUGUCGAAAUUGCCUGUGGAAUACGUAUCAUACGAAGUUAAAGAAAGGUUGCGAAAGAUGGGGGCUUUUCGGCCAAUGAACAUAUUCCUGCAUCAAGAAAUUGAUUGCAUGCAACGAAUCAUCUCUUUGGUCCGAAGCACAUUAACGGACCUGAAACUGGCCAUAGACGGUACCAUUAUAAUGAGUGAGAACUUGCGAGAUGCACUAGACUGUAUGUAUGAUGCACGCAUACCAGUCAGGUGGCUCAAGGCAUCUUGGGCCUCAAGUACAUUAGGAUUCUGGUUCACUGAGUUGUUGGAAAGGAACCUUCAAUUUCACUCGUGGAUUUUUGAAGGAAGCCCAACCUGCUUCUGGAUGACUGGAUUCUUCAAUCCUCAAGGAUUCCUCACGGCAAUGAGACAGGAAGUUACUCGGAUUCAUAAGGGCUGGGCUCUGGACAGUGUUGUGCUGCACAGUAAUGUCUGUAGGUCAGCCAAGGAAGAUCUUAAGCCUCCUUCAGAGGGAGUUUAUGUCUAUGGUCUCUAUCUAGAGGGUGCUGGAUGGGACAGGCGUAACAACCGACUGACAGAAUCCAAACCCAAAGUGCUUUUCGAAAUCAUGCCAGCUAUUCAUAUCUCUGCUAUUAAUCAUCACAGUUCUAAAGAUACACGUGUAUAUUCCUGUCCUAUCUAUAAAAAGCCAGUGAGGACACAUCUGAACUACAUCGCUGCUGUGGACUUGAGAAGUCACCUAUCCUCUGAACAUUGGGUACUGAGAGGUGUCGCAUUGCUCUGUGAUGUGAAAUGAAAUGCACUGAAGAGAGUUCUCUUUAUGCUGCUUAAUGAUACUAUACAGGCAGGUUGCAAGAGAAUUUUGGGGGCGCAGGUGGGGAAGACCUUGGAAGGUUAUGUGAAAUGAACAGCUAUAUAAAUAACUACAUUAUGUA